AUGUCUGGUGCCCCUGACCUCAGAUUUGGCCGGCGUGAACAUCGGAGCCGGCCACAGACCUAUACAAUGGACGCUUUCUUACAAAUAGCAUACGAGUCCAUAGCAGAAACCCUUCCAGACCGGUUCGUUCGAAGGGGACGUGCCCGUGCACCGAAACGUGACUUGGACGCUGACGAGGAAAGCGACUAUGAAGAGGUCACUUCAGACCUGGAGGACGUUGAUGACUUGAGGGGAUGGCUAUCUUCCAUGAGCUGCAAAACCAUGGGUCUUAUCCCACAUGAAACCUUUGUCCGAAA